AUGGCUGAUUUAAUAGAAAACGAACCACCUGUAGAAAUAAUCGGACACGAAUCCGAUGAAAAACAUGAACAUGGACAUCAUCAUGAUAAUUCAGACGAAAGCCGUCGAGGAAGGCCUGGUCCUCGUGGUGGUCCUCCCCGUGGUGGUCCUCCUCGUGGCGGCCCUCGUGGCGGUCAUCAUGGCGGUCCUCGUGGCGGUCAUCAUGGCGGCCCUCACGAUCAUCAUGGCGGUCCUCGCGACGGACAGCGUGAUGGUUAUCGCGACGGACAGCGUGAUGGUCCUCGCGACGGACAGCGUGAUGGUCCUCGCGACGGACAGCGUGAUGGUCCUCGCGGAGAUCAUCCCCAUGGCAAACAUAACGACGAUUAUCGCGGAGAGCAUCCUCAUGGUGGUCCUCACGACGGACAGCGUGAUGGUUAUCGCGGAGACCAUCCCUAUGGCAAACAUAACGACGAUUAUCGCGGAGAGCAUCCUCGUGGCGAUCAUCUUGAUGGUCAUCGUGGCGGCCAUCCCCAUCCCCGUGGCGGACACCCUGAAGGCCAUCGCGGUGGUCAUCCCCAUCCCCGUGGUGGACACCAUGAUGGUCAGCGUGGGGGUCGUCCUCAUGGCGACCAAGACCAUCAUCACAAACCACGAGACGAGGUCGAACUUUACGAUAAUGAAACAAAAGAUGAAACUCACCUUUAA